AUGGCCAAGAGCGCUGUCCCUCUUCUUGCAAACACGGUGAAUGUUCCUAAAACCAGCCGGACUUUCUGCAAGAAGUGUGUCAGGCACCAACCCCACAAAGUCACACAGUAUGAGAAGGUCAAGGGAAAGUGGCAUUAUGACAGGAAGCAGAGUGGCUAUGGUGGCCAGAUUAAGUCGAUUUUCCAGAAAAAGGCUAAAACUACAAAGACAAUUGUGCUGAGGCUUGCAUGCGUUGAGCCCAACUGCAGAUCUAAGAGAAUGCUGGCUAUCAAGAGGUGUAAUAAACACUUUGUGCUGGGAGGAGAUAAAAAAAGAAAGGGCCAAGUGACCCAGUUCUGA